UUGCCAGAGUGAUCAUUGUGCUGAGUUGUGAUUGGAGGAUGCACUUGUAGGGGGCGGGUCCACGCCUGAAGCUAUUUCCCAGUGCUACCCUAGGCUCAGACAGGACGGAGCAACAGGGGCAGGGGCGACCACAUCUGGGGUUUUUUCCGGAGUAAGGAGGUCAGGAUGAAUGUUGGUGUAGCCCACAGCGAGGGGAACCCAAACACUCGAGUCAUGAACAGUCGGGGGAUCUGGCUGACGUACGCGCUCGGCGUCGGAAUGCUCCACAUCGUGCUCUUAAGCAUUCCUUUCUUCAGCGUUCCGGUCGUGUGGACUCUCACAAACGUUAUUCACAACUUGGGAAUGUACGUGUUCAUGCAUGCGGUAAAAGGGACACCGUUCGAGACUCCGGACCAGGGCAAAGCCAGACUCCUCACACACUGGGAACAGCUGGAUUAUGGCGUGCAGUUCACAUCGUCCAGAAAGUUCUUCACUAUCUCACCCAUCAUUUUAUAUUUCCUGACGAGUUUCUACACCAAGUACGACACAGCUCAUUUCGUGAUAAACACCGCGUCCCUGUUGAGCGUCCUCAUCCCCAAACUACCGCAGCUCCACGGAGUGAGACUCUUCGGAAUCAACAAGUAUUAAUCAUCCAGAGGGAACCACACCGAGGAAACGCCUCUCUCUGUCUCUCUCUCUCUCUCUCUGUCUCUCUCUCUCUCUGCCCCUGUGUCACCGUCAGGACGUCGGAGACAGUUUGCAGUUUUGUACAGAGUGUAAUUACUUGUCUGUCUUUGUCCAGCUGCACCUCGGGACGUAAACGACGACGCCUCAAGCACUAAGUUAAAGAAGAAAAUAUUUAAUUUCCUUUCUUUCGACUCCCUCAUGGAUCUGGGCUGGCCUGGGUUUCACAGCUGAGGUGGUGUUGGAUUUGUUUAGUUAUGUUUGUGUUUGUAGGUCUGCACUAAUGUAAGGCUUUUGUUUGAAUUCUAAAGGUUUUUAAAAACAAACGAUUCUUUAUAAGAGUCGGAUCCUGUCGUCUUUUCAGCGUGUCGGUCUUUACAAAGAAUAGUGAGAGAGAGAAAAAACUAUAAAGACUUGCAUGAUUUGUUUUUUUUGGGGGGGGGGGGGGGGUGUUAGAUGAAGUAUUUUGAUAGGUCCUGCAUCAGGUUUAUGCGAAUAAGGAAAGCUGCAUUAACAAGGUUUUAGUGUUUACUGAUCCGAGUCUGAUGAUGUUUAUGUACUCGUUCCAGUCCGUGUGCUCGUUUAUUAAGACGUAACUGUGAAUCUCUCGAUGAGCAGAGAUCUGUUUCAGCAUCUCUGUUAUUCAUGGUAUUAACUGGAGCUCAAACAAACCCUGUGUCUAAUAAAGGCUUAUUUGUGCUCUC